AUGCAUCACAGUGCAUUGUGUCGUCGCUUCCGGGGAGGCUUCUGUCCUGAUUCCCAAACACUAUGUCCGAACGAGCUGGAGAUCCACCGGUGGGUUCACACGGGAGAACGCCCCUUUGACAGCUCCGACUGCAGCAAGCACUUCAAGACGGCAAAGGACCUGAAGUCGCUGCGCGACUGCGGCAAGUGCUUCACCCACUCCAACCACCUGCUGCUGCACCAGCGCAGCCACACCGACGAGCGCCCCUUCACCUGCGCCCAGUGCGGCAAAGGCUACACCCAGUCCAGCCACCUGCUGCAGCACCAGCGCACCCACACCGACGAGCGCCCCUUCACUUGCGCCCAGUGUGGCAAAGGCUUCACCCACACGCUGCAGGUGCACCAGCACACCCACACUGAUGAGAGGCCCUUUGGCUGCUCCGACUGCGGCAAAGGCUUCAAGUCAUUAAAGUACCUGAAGAUACACAGGCUCCUGCACACAGGAGAGCGCCCUUUCACCUGCAGCGACUGCGGCAAGGGCUUCACCCGCUCCACCAGGCUGCUGGAGCACAAACGCACCCACACUGCCGAGCGCCCACACAACUGUGCCCAGUGCGGCAAGGGCUUCACCAGUUCCACCAAGCUGCUGUCUCACCAGCGGGUGCACGCUGGAGACCGUCCCGUCCCGAGCCCAGUCUGUGGAGAGCGCUUUGCCAUGGUCUCCCACGUCCUGUCUCACUAG